AUGUCGAUUCCUCCGUUGGUUUGCAAUACACCUCCUCCUCCUCCAGAUCAGUGCGAAGACGACAAAGAUGAAGAUUUUGAUUUACAGUAUAGGCUGUCACAAGAAGAUGAUGAAGACAAUGAUUCUUAUGGUUAUGGAAAUUAUUCUACAUAUAGUGAUUACUGCCAACAACCAAAUGUUAACCAUAAUAUAACAACUUUUAAAUCAGAGCCAGAAAAUUGUUCUAUGAAUGCUGAAGAAAAGAAAAUCUGCAGUGAAACUUCUGAUGCUGUAGAAUUUUCAUUAAAUGAAAAUGAAACGAAUAAAAAUGAAGAUAUUGCUGUUGAAGAUUUGAAUUUGAAAAUAGAACAAGAAAAUAUUAUUUCAAAUCUUCUUGCUACACACACCCUUAAUAAUGCUGUUGACCCUGAUACUUAUGGAAUUUCAUGUAUCGUUGAUCAUUUAGAUUCUCCUGAUAAAAAUAAUGUUGUUUCAAAUGAAAAUGAGGAAGAUGAAAGUAGUGAUGAGAAAAGUAUAUCAGAAACAAAUAUUACUCCUUUUGAUACUUGUGAUAUCCAAGAAAGUUCAGAAAACACUGUAAAAAUUGGAGAAAAUAAAGUAGAAAAUCAAAAAUCAAAUGAAAUAGAUAUUGAGCAACACUUACAAAGAGAUACCAUUCAAUCUGAAGAAGUAGAAUCUGAAAUAAAAACUAUAGUUACAGAUGAGUUUGAUGAAUUUGAAGAAUUUAAAUUUACAGAAACUGCAAUAAGUAAUGCUGAAGUUACAGCAAAUUUUGAAAAUCCCUGGGAUGGGAACAAUGAUACUGAAGAGUUUAGUUUUGGUGAUUUUAAAGCAAAUUUUGAGAACAACACUGAUAAUAUUCAACCAUUUAAAGAGCAAAUUAAUAAUACUGAAGAUGCCAUUGUAAAUAAGGCUGCAACAGAUAAUGAAAAUGUGGAUUUGGAUGAUGAUUUUGGAGAUUUUGAUGAUUUUAAAUCAUCAGUCAAGCAGGAAUUAGAAAACAAACCUGCAAUUGACACAGAAUUAGCACAUCAUGUUACUGUUUUAAAUUUUCAGUCUCCAGAUAAUGAGGCACAAAUAAUUGAAAGCAUAAAUAACAUUAUAUUUAAUAUAUUUACUGAAGAUUUGCCUGAUUGUCAAUCAGAAAUAGAUAAAACUCUUGACUCAAUGUUAACUGAAACAUGGCAUCAUUUAAAAGAAGUAGAUGAGAGACAACCAUACAUGGUUCAUUGGAAUAAUUCAUUAGGUCAAAAAAGCCUAUUAAAAGCUCUGUGCAUUGACUCAAGAAAUAUUUUAUUUGGUCCAAAAUGGAACUAUUUCACACCAAAAUAUGCAACAAGUUUAAGUAUUGCACCACUUCAACCUCAGAAACCAGCAGCUGUUCCUAACACAGGUGCCUCAGAAGUGGUCAACAGUGAUAAAGUAACGCCUAAAGAUACUUCUUGGACCGAUCCUUUCAAUUCAGAGGGGCAAGACUCCAGCACCAUGGAAAAAGAAAAAAUACCUAAAGAAGUCAGGCCUGUAGAUUUGGACGUGUUUGAGAAUGCAAUUUCAGUUACUAACAUAGAUAAGAUACACUCCAGUACAUUGAGUGUGCAGCCACUAAGACAUAUCAGUUUGCCUGAUACCCAUAUUUUUACUCCCACUGACUCUGAAACACCAAGAUCGAAAACAAUUCAUUAUGAUAAUGGACCUCCAGUUCUACUCCCUCAACCAAAAGAAAUCCGCAAUAUAAAUAUUGAAAAAGCUCCCUCACAACACUUAGAUAUCAAAAAUAAUGAUGAUUAUUGGGAAUUUCAGAACUUCAAAGGAGCUCCUAGUCAUGCAGCUUCCAUACCAAAUACCGAUUGUUUACCAGAUGACAAAGUGACUCCUUCUUUGCCAAGUACUAGUGGCCCCUCUGAUUCAGGCAUUACAUAUCAAACUCAAUUGCUGCAACCAGUGAAACUAGAACCUAUAAUGCCAACCUUAAAUUGGCCUGACCCUGGAGAAGUCAAGGAAACCUUUGACGAUUUCUCGGAUUUUAUAUCUAAUAGUAAUAGUAAUUGGAAUAAUGAAUGUCAAGCAGUGGCAAGUAAAACUGAUUUGCCCACUUCCAAAGAAGUAAAUGAGGUUGUAAAUGAGAAUAGUAUAGAAGAUGAAUUUGAGACAUUCCAAUCUGCACCUAUUUCUAUACCUAAUCAUACAAACCAUGUACAGUCUGAUUUUAAUUCCUUUGAGAAAUUAGAACCUGUAAUAGGUAUAGAAAAACCAAUGAACACCUUAAGUUUUAAAUCCAAUGAUAUUUUAUCUUCUAACCACACCAGCACUGUAGAAAAUAACAGUAUUCUUAAAAACAAUUCCAAUAACUUUACCACAAAACAGUCGUCUCCUAUCAACCAAAAUAAUAUUCUACAGCCAAUAAAUUCUGUUUCUACAUUGCGAGCACAGCAAGGGGGACAAAUUCUACAACCGCUAUCUCUUGAAAGUUAUUCACAGAUUAACUGGCCAAAGCCUGGAAUAGACUUACAGAAUCUUGCAAGUUUUAAUCCCUUGGAAAGUCUUCAAUCAUUAAAAAGUGAUACUGGAUCUAGUGGUCCCAGUAAAGUGGCAUCUCCUAUCCAUAAUAAAGUGAAUGCUAUUCAGAAUGAGAAAUCUGACGACGAUAUUUGGGGAGAUUUUGUAUCCAGCAAACCGAAACAACACGCCCCGAAGAAGACACCAAUAUUUUCUGACGACGAUGAGUGGACGGACUUCGUUUCUAGCCCAAGUAUAUCCCAAAACAGUUUAAACACAAUCAGUUUUAAUGUUCAAUCUAAUUCGAAUAUACAAAAGAAUUCUAAUAUAAAUAGUGCUUCAAGAAGUAAUCAAAAUAUUUCUCUCGACAUCCCAACCUUAAACUAUAUAACUCCUAAAUCUUCUAACCGCGGGGUUUACAUUGAUAAACAUUUCCAAAAUUUAUAACAUUGUUACUAUAUUGUUUAAAUAUGCAUUGAAAUGUACUUAAUUUUGUAUAGAGUAGAAUAAAAAUAAAUAUAUGUAUAUAGAGUGGUGGUGGUAGUAUUAUAGUAGAUUAUUGUAUAGUAUAGUAGAUUAUUGUUUCGAAUGUUUUUUUCUUAUUAAUUGCUUUUAUUGUUAAAAUUUUCUGUGGAAGUUAUUUAAGACAGAAAUUUCCCAGUAAGAUAUGAUUUAUGUCAUGGUAUCAACAUAUUUUGUAUUUGUGAAGAAUGACAGCUAAAUAUGUAUGUGUGUUGGUUGUAUUAUAUUGUUUAUUACAAAACUUGCCGUGUAGUAAGUUUUUUUUUAUAAUCAACUGUUAAAACUUAAUUAAUACUUUUUUAAUAAGUUAUAGCAUGUAUUUCUCUAGACAGAAAAUAAAUAAAUGCAAAAUGAUGAUAAAUAUAAUACAUUAUUGUAAAGCGUAAAUCAUAGUGUGUUUUUUAUGACAUAAUAUCGCUGUGUAUUUGUAAACAAUUCAAUCAAAUUUUUAAGAGUUUUUUUAUAAGGUGUGUGAUUUGUGAAAUCGUUACAGAAGUAAUUGUGCGACGGAUUAAUUGAAUUGGUAUAAGAUUAAACGUAUGGAAAUUCCGCUUGUUAUUACAAAUAAAAGUGCUUAACAUUCAGAACGAUUUCCGAUAAUUAACAAAAUGUAAUUAAAAUAUAAAUUUUAGAAUAGAACGAAAACAUACGCAUUUUUAGUUUUCAUUUUUGUUAUACUCAUAUUAAUUUAUAACUAUAGCAUACUGUAUAUUUUCGUCAAAAAUAGUUUUAAAGAUAAAAUAUUAAUAUGCAUUGAAAAUAAUAUACUCCUAUUUUAUUCAAAAGAUAUUAUAUGUGAUUUAAUAAUUAAUAAUAUUUAUUAAAAUGUAUACUGACUUAUUUUAAAUUGAAUUAAUAGUCUGAAUAAAUGCAAAUUUAAAUAAAGCAUAAAUGUAGGUUUCCAUAAUUAUUUAAAAACCUGACAGUGAUAUCUUGGAUUUGUUAUCAAGACAUAAAUACAUAUUAUAUGGGAACUGUAUGCUAUGUUAGGAUCUCAUUCAAUCUGAUGUAAAGUGUUUACUAAUAGAAAUGUAAUGAAAUCUUGUUAAAGAUUUGAAUUUGUAUUUUUGAAAAUAAUUAUUAGAUGACGAAAAAUAGAAAAUAGUUGGAUAAUUGUGUAAAUUGAUUGUAAAUACAUUGUUUGUAUAUAAUGUUAAAAUGUAUAAAAACAUCACAUCAGAAUAUGUAUUAUAUUUGCAAGAUAAGCAUUAUUGUUACCGAUCCGAAAUUAGGGAUUAUUAUUUAAAUUAAAAAAUUUAUUGAAUAUUUCAAAGUUAAUAAUUAUUUAUCUUAUGAUUUUAAAUUUAUUUACUUGUACUAUUGUGUUUGUACGAAAUAAAUGAUUGCAACUAUGCA